UUUUAUACUUGGGACUCUGCUGUGGUGACUGAUACACAUUGGUUUGCCCAUUUAAAAUCACCCUGUAUGUGUCAAUUAAUAUAAGGUAUAGGAGGAUAUGAAUAUACUGGUUAAAACUGCCGAGAAAUGCAUUCUUGGUACACAUUAUUCAAUUUGAAUGCACUUCAAGAAUAAUAACGCAAAUAAAACUUUGAAUUAUUUCAUGGUACAAUCAUCUAGAAGAGACCAAAAAGGAGGACGAGAUCGAUUUCUCUACGUAGGUGCGCCGAUUAGUAAAAUCAUCAAGAAAAAUGCAGUGUUAAAAUUAUUUAAAUUACCUAAUUGUUACAGACACGAUGCACUAACAUUUUGAAAAACGAACACUCAUUUAUUCAAUAAAACAGCUGACACCGCCUUUUCAGUUUUCACAACAAUAACAUAAAAAAUAUAGACAUUUUUAGCACACUUCUGAUUCUGAACACGAAACUCGAAACUUCAAUCGUCAAAAAUGCAUAGCACAACAAAAAUAAUGUCAAAAUAUCAACAGUGUUGUGAAAUUGUCGUUUACAGGAAGUGAUCCGGCAACAGUGUCGUAUCAUACUUCUUCUUAGUUUCUGGUAAUCUUUCAGUGUCGGACAUGUAUCUUAUCGUUUAUUGUCGUCAUAUCAUCAAGCUCAGUCAUAUCGUGUCUACAAAUGGAAAAGUACUGCUUGAGACAAUGAACUUUAGAUCUUAGAUCUGCUUCGUAGUACUUGAGUUGAUGAAAAGAGAAGUUGUGAAGUUAGUUUCUAUGGUUAUGGGAUUCAAUUUUUGUUUAUUUACUUUAUUUUAAACUGUUUGUGAAAAGUUGAAUGACAAAUAAUAAUUUUAAAUCGAGUUUAAAAUCAUUAAAAUAUUAAGAACCAGUUCUCAAUUGCUUACCAACCAGUAUGACUCUAAAUAACGAGUCCGAACGAAAUUACAUAAUCGGAACUUGUAUGAAGAUGUGUCCAGAAAAAGAGAUCAAAAUGCGUGAACGUGAGAGAUUACUACACAUAUUCGAAAUUGUUCAAGGGACAGAAAACCAUCCAAUGCCAAUAGCUCAAAUAGAUCAAAUGGUCAAGUGUUUUUCACGUUCAGCUGCUGGAAAAUUUAUGCAAGAUCCAGAAAACUUGAGACCCCCGGCUGUCCUUCUAGAAACUGUAAACUACCUUCUUGAUAACAUUGCAGGAAGAACUGAUGUGUCAUGGUUAAUCAUUUAUGAUUUUAUAAUGGAUAGACUCAGAUCAGUAAGGCAGGACAUGGUGAUCCAAAAUGUCUCAAGAGCAUAUCAAAUAACUAUAUUACAACCUAUAAUUAGAUUCCUUGCUUAUGCUUCAUACAGGUUAUGUGAAGAAAAUGUAACAGAUUUUGACCCACAUAUCAACAACACCCAUCUACAAGAGUGUUUGAAGAGGUUAUUAUGCAUGUAUGAUUACUAUGAUGAACUCAAUGAUACUUCAAAAGAUGGAUCUGGCUUUUUCAUUGAUUUGUUGAAAGAAAGUCGCCAGUAUUUUGAAUCUCUAUAUGUAAUUUUCAAUUUAGGAAGUACUACUGCUAUAACUAGAGCUAUCAAUUUGAGUAGCAAAUGGAGGAGUCAUUUAAUUGAAACAUCUCUGGAAAUUUCAAUUUCAUACUUGAAUGGUAAUUUUGUUAGAGUAUGUAAGGCCAUUGAAAGGUUACCAACAUUAUUAGCUUCACUUGCUACUCUACAUUUACCUGAAUUGAGAAGGAGUAGCUUCAAAAUAAUGUCAACUGCCUACCAUUCCAAAAAUUUAAGAUAUCCUCUUGAUGCCUUGCAGCAUCUACUAUUAUACAAUACACAGGAUGAGAUAAUCUAUGAUUGUAAAUAUUAUGGUUUGAAUGUCCUGAAUAAUGGGAUUCAGUUUUCAAAGACUGACUUUGAUCAAAAUAAACCAAAAGUGCAUUCUAGACGGUCAAAAGAAAUUGAUAUCAAAUUGAGCAAUAUAGAUAUUUCAACAUUAUUACUAUUUGGGGAAUGAGAAUAUUCCUCAAAUGGGCCAAUUAGAGACUGAUAUCAUUUGAUUAAAUUUAGUAUUGUACAAAAAUCCAACUGAUGUAUAUACCUCAUAAAUCAUCGACUUUUUUAUACUCAAUAAGUUUACAUGAAUUUGUUAUUUUAUGUAUAAUUAGUAGAAA